AUGCUACCAGCAUUUGGUGGAUCGACCUGCGAGGAGCAGAAAUUCCAUCACCCAAAGUUAAGUAGUCUCCAUCGGGAGAACUUCAUCUGGAAUCUGAAAAACGUACCUCUUCUGGAGAAAUGUCUGCAUGUCUUGGGCCCAAGUCGAAAUCAAGAGAUUGUCAAACAGGUCCUUCAGCUGUUCAAGAAUGAAGUAAUGACCAAAUUCAGUCAUUUUCGAGAAUGUAUCAAUCAUGGAGAUCUUAAUGACCAUAACAUUUUAAUGGAGUCCAGCAAGUCAGCAUUUGGAGAUGUCAUAUAUCAAGUGUCUGGGAUUUUAGACUUUGACGACAUGAGCUAUGGCUACUAUGUGUUUGAAGUGGCGAUCGCCAUCAUGUACAUGAUGAUUGAAAGCGAGAAUCCUAUGCAUGUAGGAGGUCAUGUCCUUGCAGGGUUUGAAAGUGUAAUCCCAUUGACACCUGUAGAGAGGGGUGCUUUGUUUUUACUUGUAUGCAGUCGCUUUUGUCAGUCACUUGUCAUAGCCUUAUACUCUUGCCAACUACACCCAGAGAAUGAAGAAUAUCUCAUGGUUACUGCAAAAACAGGGUGGAAGCACUUACAGCAAAUGUUUGACAUGGGCCAGAAAGCUGUAGAAGAAAUCUGGUUUGAAACUGCAAAGUCCUAUGAAUCUGGGAUCUCCAUGUGAGUAGGUAAAAGUUCACGUUAAUUGGGAUAAGUAAAAAUCCAACACCUUCUUAGGCAGAUUGUUUCUGAGAGCUGUGCCUCUGGUUUCUACAGCAGCCAGGGCCUCCUGAGAGCACCCAGAUGUGUUUCCCACAGGCUGUCCGUUGAUGUCCCAAAGCCCAGCCCUGAUAUUUUCUGGGUUGGCAAGCUUUGGAUCUCCAUGGGAGAGGGGAUUGGAACCCCAUUUAUUAGGUCUAUCUGCAGUCUGUGAAAAUUCCACCCAUAAGGGAAGUGAGCAUGUCAACUACCCGUGCUGAAUAGAUUGUGUUGGCUAUAAAUUCUCACUCUGCAUA